AUGGCUCGCACCGUUGCUAGAAACCUCGGCCCUUUGCCUAGACCAACUCCUGCUCCAAAAAGCAAAAAUGUCCUCGAUCUUUUCUCGCUCAAGGGAAAGUUUGCCUCGGUUACUGGCUCUUCCAGCGGCAUUGGAUUUGCUGUUGCCGAAGCAUUCGCCCAAGCCGGCGCCGAUGUUGCUAUCUGGUACAAUUCAAACCCAACUGCAUUGAAAAAAGCUGAUGAUCUUGCCCAAAAAUACAGCAUCAAGGCCAAGGCUUAUAAAUGUAAUAUAUCAGACGAAGCGGAGGUUGAAAAAACUAUCAAGCAGCAGUUGGAAGACUUUGGUGGGAAAAUAGAUAUAUUUGUUGCUAAUGCUGGGGCAACCUCCCCGGGUGAUGAUGUCAUUGAUCAGGAAUCCUCCGAGGGCUGGAAAAAGUUGCUCGACAUUAAUUUGAACGGGGUUUAUUACGCUGCCAAAGUUGUCGGCAGAUAUUUCAAAAAACAGGGAUUUGGCUCAUUUGUGAUAACUGCUUCGAUCAGUGGGCACAUUAUCAAUGUUCCGCAGUCACAAACCGUUUACAAUGUCUCGAAGGCUGCUGUCAAGCAUUUGGCGAAAUCGUUGGCCAUCGAAUGGUCGGGUUUCGCACGUGUUAAUACCGUGAGCCCUGGUUACAUCAGCACAGACAUAACCAAUUUUGCUGACAACUCGUUGAAGGAGAAGUGGUGGACCUUGACUCCCAUGGGCCGGGAAGGCGCCACCCAUGAAUUGGUGGGGGCUUACUUGUACUUGGCCAGUGACGCCAGUACUUAUACCACAGGGACGGACAUUCUAGUCGAUGGAGGUUACACAUGUAUCUAG